AUGAAAAUCUCCGCGGCGCUCGAGCCUGCGUCGCAACUGGCCAUGGCGUGCCAGAUAGCGUUCCUACCCACCCUCCGAGCUGUGUUGCAGAACCCGCUCCUCCUCCUGCGUCCCCGCGAGAUCGGACGCAUCUUCUUCACGCACGUCUGGGCGCAAAUGGGGCCUGGGAGUGACGAAAACACGCGCGACAUCAAGCAGGGACUCAUCACCGCGAACGCCUCCGGUGUCGUCGUCGACAUCGGCGCAGGGUUCGGACACACGGCCCUCCAUCUCGACCGCACGAAGGUCACCAAAUAUGUCGCGCUCGAGCCGAACGAGCGCAUGCACGCCGAGAUCCGCAGGCUUGCGGCUUCCGCGGGCUUCGCCGAGGAGGACGGGACGCUGCUCAUCCUCCCAUACGGCGCAGGGGACACGGCGCUCAUCACCUCCGCGCUGGGGGGCGAGCGCACGGCGGGCACGCUCGUUGCGGUGCUCUCGCUGUGCUCGGUGCCGGAGCCGGAGCGCGCGCUGGCGGGGCUCGUGCGCGACGUGCUGCGCCCCGGGGGCACCUUCGUGUUCUACGAGCACGUGCUGAGCCCGCGCGAGGACGUCGGGUGGUGGCAGAAGGCGUGGACGCCGAUUUGGAGCGCGGCGUUCGACGGGUGCUGUCUCGACCGCCCGACGCACGUCUGGGUGGCCGCGAUGGACACGUGGGCGGAGGCGAGCGUGUGGGGCAAGCCGGACGACCCGGAAGAGAACUUGUGGUGGCACCGUAUCGGGAGGUUCGUGAAGAAGGCGGAUUAG